CGACGCCGACGGUGGUGGCGGCGGCGGUGGUGGUUGCUUGGAAACGGCGGCUUGGGCUGUCAGCUGGGGUGGUUUAUGGCAGUUGCUGGUUGACGCUUCGAGUCCCUCUGUAAUUCCGAAGGCGAUUUUCUACCCUGCUCCGCUCGUAUUCAUCACCCUCCGUGUUCGGCUUCAUUUAACCGCCGGUUUCGCACGAGUUUGGGAGUUUCGGGAGCAUCCCUUUGUGCUAUGCACUGUAAGGCACCCCGUGCUGUAUGCCACUAUGCCGUAUUGAUUUUUUGCGGCAUUCUGUUGUCCUGAAGGGAGGCGAUUCCUGAAAAAUGAGCAACUGCUCAACAAUGGUUGUGUCUGACGAGAACAAUGCAGUGCCUCCAAGACGAACUACUGCUGUCUUGGAGUGCGCCCACUGUCGGCGGAAGUUCCUCAAUGACGCUGAUCGUCUUUUGCACAUUCGUGAAGUACAUCUUGGCAUCAAAGAAAACUUUGAGUGCAAACAAUGCGGGAAACAAUUUGGUAACCGACAUAUCUUGCAACUGCAUACUCGACUUCAUGCUUCGCAAACUGCUUUACCUGAGGGAGGUCCCACUGAUGCUGUGACUGUCACCAGUGCUAAACAAUCAAAUGGAAGUCUGAACAUUAACUUUAAUGUGUCUCUCAAUAUCAAUCUAAGUGAUGGACUUGAUCCUUUGGAUCUUGACAGCAAGCUAAAUGAAUUAUUAGCAAAUGCAACCAAAGCAAGCUUCCAAGAAGCGCUCCGGCGAGAAAAGAUUGAAAAACUUACCAAUCAACUGAAAAAUGAAUUAUUGGAGGCGAACAAAAGCAUUGAAACCAGUCCUAGCAAAAGUAGUGAGAGCAGUGAGGGUGAAUUGAGUACAAAGAACUCUGUUAGCAGUCCCAGCCCCCCUCCUGCUAGCACCCCCAGCACUCCCAUUGCUCAAGAGAAGCCAACGUUGCAGACAGACAUAACUGAGGUGGUGCCUAUGCCCAAACCAAUAACUCCACCUCCUCCAAAGCCUCCUGUUCGAGUGAAUCCUCACAACCGACCAAAGAAAGCUGUGGGCCUGACGAAAAUCAGGAUGGAAGAUUGUCAACGCUGUGACGCAUGUUCCUGCAUUUAUCUUGAUGAACGCGAUUACAUUAAGCACAUGAAGAACUUCCAUAAACAGGAUGUUCUAAAACAAGAGCCUAUCAAGCCUAAGAACAAGCCGCGUGCCAGAAACCAAUCUCAAUCUCCUCAACAAGCCCGUAGAAGUAAACGACAACAACGCUACAUGGAGCAACAGCAGCAGCAAACUCAAGAGCAAGGAGGAAAGAAAGGAAACUGCCGAUCAUGCUGCAAGUCUUGUAAAUGUAGGGGAGACCAUGGAACCCUAGAACCUAUGCUACCUAUUGUGCGGCCAGUAUUGGGGCGAGCUGGUCGACGUGGCAGCUGUAACACCCAGGAUUCCUGGAAUCAAUUUGCGCAGCAUCUUCAAGGAGCUGAAGCUGUGGUUGUCCAGCCUGACCUCGACAACAUGCCUGACUUCAGUCACCUUUUGAGUCAAGUGGAGGUGAAAAUUAAGACAGAGCCAACUGAGCAAGAGGAACCACCAGCAGUCAAUGUUAAAGUUGAGCCUGUCGAUGACAUGGACUCUGAUUCAUGCUCAGUAUAUUAAGACAUUCACAGAUCACGCAUACAUCCUAUCAGAAAUUGUCAUCUCCAUCAGAAGUCACUUAAGUCACUUAUAUCAAAAAGAUAGGUUUUCUUUAAGCUUUUGCAUUGCUUUGUGUAUUCCACACAUCUAGUCAUAUCUCAGCUUGCAUCACAUUGUCUUUCCAAUUUUGAAAUAUCAGUCGCCAACUCCAGUUAAUUUCUAUCCAAAUUUUACUCUAGAAGGAGUUACAUUUUGGAUUCAACUAUGAAAGUAUCAGUUGAAACCCUUGUCAUCUUGACAAAGUUAGUUUAUUACACAUUGUUUUGCAAUGCUGUGAAUGACAAAGAAACAUGAUCUCAUUUACUUCAGUUCCUUUUCUGUGUAAGCAUGAACUGUCCAGUAUUUUACUUUCUCUUCUCACUUUUUGUGUUGUAAAGAUAUUUUUUGAUGUUUGGUUCUUCUCUGUAAGAGCCAAAUGUACUUAGUCUCACGUAUUCCUGUUACUCUUUGUGCUGGCGUGUGAAAACUUCCCUAUGCAUUGUAUUGGAGAAUAUUUAUUGAUAUAAAGUCAACAGGAGGUUUUUGGUGCAUUAUGAAAUGAUGAUUUUUUUGUCAUGUAUUGUUGUAUGACUACACGUUCUUGUACUUAAGAAGGUUGUGGAUCCUUCAAUGUACACUACUUGGAGUUAAUACUCCGUUUUGUUACUUACCUGUUCCAUGUUAUUAUGAGCCAUGUGUAAAUAGUAUUUAAUUUGUUUUGUUUAACAGUACAUUGAAGUCAAUACAAGUUCAAUUUCUCCCAGUGUACUUUAUGGAACAUUCAUUGUAGAAUCGUUUUCCAGGAGUUAGCUCAGUACUUGCAAGUAUUCAAUGAAAAUGUACUUUAUAAGUGUAACUACUAUAUUGUGUGGUUUUACUAUUUAUUGAGAUUUAGUUCUUAAAUUUAGUCAUGUUUAGUCAUGGAGGAAUCACAUCCAGUGUUAUAAAAGAUUUUUGAAACUUUGUUUAUUGACCUUCAAAAAUUUUCAGUUCAUGUAAGCUGUAAGAUCUAGUCAAUUUGUAUAUUCUGAGUGAGUUAGUUAAUUCUUGCUGAUAUGUUUUAAUCUUAACUGGCUGCCAUUGUAUCCUCAACUAUAGUUUACUGGUAUAUUCCCUUAGAUUAGUUUCUUUCCAUUUUGCUGUGAUAUUUUACAUGUCUUGGAUGAGUUCUGGACAAAUUUUUUCUCCUUUGGGGUGAAGUUUUACCUCUUGGGUCAGUUGAAGAGAUCAACAUUCCCUCAAGGAAAAACUACUUAAAUAUUGUUGGCAAACUUGCUUACUUGCCAAUGUAAUUUUUGGUCGUGAUUCUGCAUUACAUAUUUGACCAAAAAAUUCAUUUUAGCUAUCACAAGCCUUUUUAACUGAUAUAGUUGCGGCCUAGAUCUGAAUGUAUAGUUUUAAAAGAAGUGUUGUUAGUUGUAAAAGGUUUCAAUUGAUCAAACAUUUUGAGUCAAUGAGUCAGAGAGAGUGUCAUGCAUUGUACUUCAGGAGACUAUGUUGGUGAUGGUUAUCUUGUGACUGAAGUCAUAUUUUAGGAAUGCAGAACCAAAGCAUCACCACUUGUCCUGAAUACUCUAAGUCAUUUUUUCUUAAUGUGUAUGUAAAAGUGCAUUUUUAUACCAAUUUUUUAUACUGAAAUGAAAUUGAACUUUGCUCAACUAAUGUGUUUGGAAUCUGUGUGGAUGAAGACUGCUUUUAAAAUCAAAAUUGUAAUUCAAAGUACAAUAUCGUGACGAACUGUAAGUUUAGGCCAAAGACUGUUGAAUAUUAUUCACAUUGUAACUUUUACUUCUGUACCUCUGUCCAUUUUUUCUGGAGGUUCUUCCAUUUGUGUGAGUAUGCCAGCAUUGAAUUAUUGACAAACUUAUUCAUUGUUGCAGUGGUAUAAUAAACUGUGUCGCACUCAA